AUGUUGUUCUCAAAGAGAUCAUCAAUAAGUAAUACUACGUUGACAAAAAAAAUAUUCAUCUUAAUCACAUUUUUCUACUUUGUUGAACAAGCUUUCGCACACGGAUAUGUUGUUGAUCCAAGAAUCCGAAUGUUCAGUUUCGAUAACGACAUUUUGCAGAUGACAGCUGGUCCAACAACUGAACAACCAUGUUCCGGUUAUGAGGCAGGUCCCAUCGUUGCAACUUAUCUACCUGGCCAACUUAUUCCUAUAACAUGGACAAUUUUUACUGCUCAUGGAGGCAGCUGCAGUGUUCAACUCUCGACAAAUGGCAAUGAUACUGAUUUUCAAGAAUUAAAAUCUUAUUCAAAUUGCGCUGAUGAAAUUGGAACGUUUAAUGAUACUGUACAGUUACCAGCUGGAGUAACGUGCGAUAAAUGCACUUUCAGAUGGGUGUGGAAUUCGGCAUUGAAUGAUGAAUUGUAUUUACAAUGUUCAGAUAUUAAUAUUAUAGACGAAAGUAAAAAGUCUACGGAAACCGUGUCACCUAUAACUACUUUGCCAAUUUCAACGACUAUAUCAACAACUUCGAUGACCACAACGACUAUAUCAACAACUUCGAUGACCACAACGACUAUAUCGACAACUUCAAUAACCACAACGACUAUAUCAUCAAUUUCAAUGGCCACAGUGACUCCCGGCUCUACCACUACCAUAGCUCCAAAAUUCACAUCUUCAAUUGCUACACCUACAAAAAAAGAUAAACCAUGUACGCGUAGUUCAAACAAUUAUAGACCAUACGCAACAGUGCACCGAUCAAAAAAGAAAAAUUGUUCAAAAAAGUAUAAAUAUAUAAGACAUUAUAGACAUGAUCGAUCAAGAAAAUGGUCAGAGUAUCAUUAUAGACAUGAUCGAUCAAGAAAAUCGUCAGAGUAUCAUAAAGAGAAAUUUGAUUACUAUUAG